UCGUUGUCACUGUUGUGAUUGUCAAAUCAAAAAUCAAAGUUCAGUUUUAUUUAUUCACGCAUUAUACGACUUUUAUCAGCAAAAUCUGUGAAAAUAUUGGAUUUUUUGUCUUACAAAAAUGUCUAAGAAUCGUGCACAGUUCGAUCCGGAUGCUGCUGUUGGACUGAUGCCGUUGAUUCAAGCGCUGAUCAAGCCACCGGACUCCGGAGAACAAAAGUCAAUCUGCAAGAAAGGACAUCAUCCGUACUACAGAAAGCCUGGUCGUGGUCAUAAUAACGAUACAUGUGAUGCUUGUGGAGAGGGAGGAGAUCUAAUAUGUUGCGACCGAUGCCCUUCGAGUUUUCAUUUAGGAUGCCAUGAUCCUCCCUUAGAAGAAUCGGACAUUCCGAAUGGGCUAUGGAUAUGCCACACUUGUAAAGCGACCGAUGUGAACCCAGCCUUAAAAGUUCUGAAACCCGAUCUGAAACUUAUCAAAUCCGAAUCACAAUCAGAAGAUCGCGAUCGUGAAGAAACAACUCCAAACGACGGAUCACAGGUAGUCAGAAUUAAAAAGAUGCGUAAUCGGAGCAACUCACGAAAGAAUUCAGCGUCCAGUAUUCCAGCCGAGAAGUUAUUCUUACCAAAAGAAGACAUUUUCGAUUGCGCAAAUCGCAUUAAAGAUCAUAACGAUAGUGCACAGAUGAAACCCUUCGAUCAGCUGAUCCGAGCCGCUCGCAUUUUGAACCCGCGACAGUUUGAAUUACCCCGUGAGAUAAAUGUUCAUUUUCCUUUUCCCGGAACGGAGAAACAAGAUUGCUCUUUGAAAACGAGUUUCAAAAAGAGGCCCCAGGGUCGGAAAACCUAUGAGCUAGAUGGCCAAGGGUUAGUACCGCUACCAGCCAAAACAUGCCACGCAUGUGGUAAAUCAUGUCGCAGAGCACCUUUGAUUGCUUGUGAUUAUUGCGAUUUAUUUUUCCAUCAGGAUUGUCUUGAUCCGCCCCUGACGGCCCUGCCGUCCUCUAUGUGGAUGUGCCCUAAUCAUGUGGAGCAGUUUAUUGAUUGGAAACUGGUGAAUUCUGUUUCAGCUUGUGAGCGCAUAAAACUUUGGAACCAAUUUAAUGUUAAUAUGGAUCAUGAUACAGUUAAAAACGAAUUUUUCCGUAAAGUUCAUCGCCGUAAUCCACCAUUCCGUAUCAGACAAAAGACAAAGAUCCGUGAUCGUGUGGAAAUCCCUCCGGUGGUAGAGUUUCACUAUAAAAAUCCUCCAAACUUAUUACCAUCGUUGAGAGAUUUAUUGCGUUCUAAAAUAUAUGAGCGCCACACAGAUUCAGGUCAGCCGUUUUAUGACGAUACUCAGUUAUUAUCAAUGAUUGAUUCUGAAUUGAAAGCAAUCAGCGUUGCUGAUGAACAGAUUGACAAGAUGAUUAACGUGUCGGGAAGCACAGAUAUCCUCGUUGCUAAAGAACAUGACACCAUGGCUAAUAAGGAUAUAUCACCCAAAUCUAAAAGCAGGGGAAAGGAACAUAAGCUCUCUCCGAAAAAGAAUAUGCCUGCAGUAGCUGAAAAAAUGGAAACUGUGGCUAGUUUCAAAACUGUCAACUUAGAAUUGAAAGAAAUCAAAGAAUCGUCUGAUGUAUCUAAAGAGGAACUCCAUUCUAAAAAAACGAAAAUUGAACUUUUGGAGGAAGACGAGUUAGAAGCUCAGAAAAUCAAUGAAGAGCUGCAAUGUUUGGAUGAUUCGUUGAUCAAAAUGCUUGCCUACCAGCGACUUCAUCAAAUAAUUCUACAAAGUAGUGACGUACUACAGAGCGGUUCUGCCAGUCUAUCUUCGGAAAAUGUGAGAGAAAUCAUAAAAUCAGAAAAACCUAUCAAAUCCACGACUCUUCCCAGUCAAUUACUUACGAAGGACGAUAUCGAACGUAUCGCAAGAGAAUUUACCAGCCCCAGACGUGACGGCAAUAUGCUAGAGAACAAUAGCGCUACUGCAGUUGUUACUCCAAUCAAAGUAGAGCCCAAAGAAGAUCAAUCGGAAAAGACACCACAAUCAAAUGAGCAGAAAAUAUAUUUAAUGAGCAAGAUAUUGGAAAAACAUGUAACCAACAUCGACAUACGAGUGCGUGCCGUGAUUACUCCUGUGGAAGUAAAUAUGCCAGGUUGUAGCUGGUUUGAAACACCUGACCUAUCUAGUUCCAUCUAUAUGCGGUAUCGCUCUAUUUCUAUCGGAACCGGGCAAGGCAACGAUGUACAUCUGGCGAAGUACGGAACCUGUUGCUUCGUUUCAGACAAGCAUGCAACAAUUUUCUACGAUGAGAUUACCAAAAUGUUUGAAUUGUUGAACUAUUCCGAAUUUGGAACAGUGGUAAAUGGACAGCUAUUCACGUGUGAUUUUUCAGACCGAGUAGUUGAGGCAAAACCUGAAUCGCCCAAUGAUUGCGGGCAACAACCCUCUGCAAAAAAGUCAAAGAGAGAUGAACAUGAUGACAGCAGUAAAGAUAGAAAAAUGGACAAACAGAAAAUUCGUCAGGAUAUGUUAUCUCUUAUAGACAGAUCCCGACACUGCAUAAGGGAAAAGUAUGAUUUUCUCUCAUCCACAAGCAUGGCAGUUGUGACACAAACUAAAUGCAGCUGUGUCAUUCCAAAUCCAAAAAUAUCGGGUUGGGAAGGAACUGCUAUAAUUCAUCAGGGUUCGGUAAUAAAAUUCGGAUGUAUGUCAUUUGUUUUCACUAUUACCAAUUACGAUAAUAAUACGGAAGAUUUUGAAGAAACUGAUGAUUCUUCUGAAGAAGACGAAGAGAAGUAGACAGCUUUUAAUUGUUGCUAUAUAAGCCAUACCUAUAUAUUAAAUUAUUCAUUUGAGAACUCAUUCUAUCCUUAUGUAUUUGUACACUACGAAGCUGCUAUAAUAAAAAUAAAUUUAUGAGCAAAAACAUA